UAAUAUGACACAGAUAAAUAUAACCUUGUAUUCCUUUUCUUUAAACAUUUCAUGAUGAGGGGCUUAAUUUUAAAAUUACAUUUACCACUUAAAACGCUCACGUGUAUCAACUGUUCCGCUCUGCAGUCAGCAAGAGGAAAUGGCGGAAGAUUUACACAGAUAGCAACACUAAUGAAGUGUGACCCUCCACCAUCAUUUGAUCAUGUUGAAUUUCCAGAAAGACGGAGGUUACGAUUCAUGGAAAAAGUGCCUCAGUUAGCAGCGAAUGUCAGACCGCCGAAGAUGAUGAAGGAUUUAUUUUUAAUGCGAGGACCGGAACUGAUCCACAACAAAUUACAAUAUGGAGAUUUUGGCAUUCAGGCUAUUACUGGUGGCAGAUUAAGGUGGGGACAUUUUGAAAUGAUCCGACUGACAAUCAACCGCAAGCUGGAUGAAAAUCGGAUGUUUGCCAUCUGGCGAGUGGAUCCUCCGUGGCAGUCGGUCACAAAGAAAGGUCAAGGACACCGAAUGGGUAGCGGGAAAGGUUCCAUCAACCAUUACGUUACCCCGCUGAGAGCAGACCGCAUAAUCGUCGAGAUUGGCGGCAAGUGUGAAUUUCGGGAAGUGAAAAAGACUUUGACACAGAUUGCAAAAAUCUUGCCAUUUAAGGCACGUGUGGUUGACAGAGAAAUUCUGGAACAAGAUGCAAAAAAUGAAAGGUUCAUUGAAGAAAAUAACAUCAAUCCGUUCACUUUUAAACACUGCGCUAAAAACAACAUGCUUGGAUGCAAGUCUUGGCUCAGUCCAUACGAUUACAUGUGGCAUGGGAAAUACAAAUAGAAAUAUCUGUGUAUUUUUUUUGGUGUAUUUAAAGGUGCAUGACCUGUUGAUUAACACUGUAUAAUACUUCCAGCUAAUUAUGACUUACGGACCUUACUAAAAUUAUAAAACCAAAUCUUUCCUUGAAUGUUUAAAAUUUUUAGCAUUUUCAGGUCUCUCCAUCAAAGGUGAGCAGUGGUUGGAACUCACCUCGUACUCACCCAAAGAUAAAGUUAAAGUUUGUUUUGUUUAACGACACCACUAAAGCACAUUGAUUUAUUAAUUAUUGGCUAUUGGAUGUCAAAACAUUUGCACCCAAAGAUGGAAAGUGGUAGACGUUUCGGCACUAGACUUGUAUCAUUUCAAUUUUAUUAAUUCUUAUGAUGCUUAUUAUUUGGCUGUAUGGAACUGCUUUACAUAUUUGAAAUUUUUUACUGGGAAUUAUUAUCAGGACACAAUUGAUUACUCAUGCUUUUUUACAAAUGGAGACACCUGCAUAUUCAAGUAGUUUUUUUUUAAUUUGUUUUGUUUUAAGGAAACCUAGUUUUUUUUCUCAAGCUCUGAUUUAUAACCAUAAAAUACAUUUUUAUUUCGAUGCAUUGAUUUCUGCUACAUAUAAUUUGUUGCUAAGAUGUGUUCAAGAGAUAAUACAUGUAUAAUAUGAUGAGUUAAUUACUCCAUAUUCGUACUCCAACUUAAAUAAUUUUGGGGGUGCAUGUACCUUUCAGUUUAAUAACAUAGAAUACAAAAUCCAGAUGAUGGUGCAUUCUGUGACUUUUGUCUACAAUUCUUUCGACUCCUUGUGUUGCAGUGGUCUUGGCAAGCUUAUUUAAUAAAAUGUUAGGGAUUUUUUAUAUUAAUUUAAAAAAGAAAAGAAAGUUGAUUAACCCCAGAAACAAAUAUGGUAUUUACUAACAAGUUUAGUUUUGUGAAUACAUUUGAAAGUAUGAUACAUCCUUGCAAGUACAGUGUGUGUUUAAUAAAUAAAACCCUUCAAUCUGUA